AUGCCGAAGGUAUCGCGGAAGGACACGGGCGACGCGACGCACACGCGCGAGCGCGGCGACGCCAAGCAGACGCGCGCGUCCGUCGCCACGCCCGACGAGAGCGCGAGGGCAGAUCUGCCCCGCCGCCUCCACAAGGUCCGCGUCGAUGGGGGACCCGAACGACCCCCGCGCCCCUCCUCGCCGGACUCGCCCCUCUGCUUCGAGCCUCGAGAGGACCCCCAUGUCGACGCGCUCGCGCGCGCCGUGUGCGCCCUCGCCAAGGAGGAAGGGAAGGCUUAUGAGGGGUUGGAUCAAGCUGUGCGCGAGCGGCUCUCCAUGAUCAUGGAGGGAAAGCCAACGCCGCCGAUGAACGAUGCCGCGGACGAGCUGAGCAGGAAAGGGGCAGAAAUGCUGCGGAAGGGACACCUCCAAUGUGUCAACUCCGACCCGGGCGCUUCCUUGCGCCAGGAGAACGGCGCGCGCGAGUUGGACGUCUCGUCCUGGCAGAGGCAGUCCGACGCGUUGAUGGUUAAUUCGGCGGACGCGAUGGAGCGGUUGGCGCCCACCUCGUGGAGGCACAUGGCUCGUAAGCACGACGAGCCAUGCUUUACGCAGCAAGUCUCCAUGAUGUUCUCAGCGACGGUGCACGGCGUCACCGCCGAGACGGCGGAGGACGCGCGUCCGCCGCCGCCACGGACCAUCAACGCCGUGCCCGGGCACACCACCCGAGCUGAUGAGCCUGAGCCCCUCAAGCCCGACGGGUCGCUGGCUGUACCCAAGCGGUACAACUUCCUCAUCGACGCGUUCGCGCCCGCGACGUACGGCGUCGCGAUCCGCGAAAACGAACACGUCGACGUGCUUCGCGUUCGCGGCGCGGACAACGUCCGCGGCGCCGUCCGCUACUUCGAGCUCAACGACGUGGACCUGGUGGCUUUUCCACCCCACUUCUACGUCGCGCUCGGCUUCGACCCGGUUCUGGCGCAGGCGGUCCCGGAGAGUUCUGCCACCCCGUGGGGUGGUCACCUCGCGGUGAGGAAAGGGCUGCUCCCGUUCUUCGUGUACUUUGACCUGCAUACGGGCUCGACCCUGUGUGGGCCGAACUCGAGGUUCUGGG